CUCUACCAAACAUACCAUCCAGUUAUUAGUUAACACUGAUCUAUAUAUGUACCCCACAUCAAUCCAUACAGUAGCUAGCUGUGCCUUUAAGAAAGCAUAUCUUAAUAUCUUCCAUGCUCCAUCCAAUUGGCCAGGAAAAGUCUAAAGGAGAAAGAACAAAUAAACUAAGGCCUUAUAGCUGCUACUACAGAUAGAGAGAUCAUGAUCUCCCCAUCAAGUGGCCUUAACAUGGAAGAAGAGAAGAAAGAAGAAAUAGUUGAAAGAGAUGAGGACUUGGAGGAGCAGGUACCUGCUGCUGCUGAAGUCGAGCCUCAGCCAUGGACAGAACAGAUAACAGUGAGAGGAUUAUUUGUGAGCAUGAUUAUUGGAAUCACAUUCAGCAUAAUAGUCAUGAAGCUCAACCUCACAACUGGAAUGGUUCCUAACUGUAAUGUCUCGGCCGCACUUCUAGCCUUUGUGUUUAUCCGAACCUGGACCAAACUGCUUCACAAGGCCGGCUUUGUAGCCAAGCCAUUCAGUCGCCAGGAGAACACCAUCAUACAGACUUGUGCAGUUGCGUGCUAUAGCAUUGCUGUUGGAGGAGGAUUUGCUUCUUAUCUGUUGGGAUUAAACAGGACAACUUAUGAGUUGUCAGGAGUGGAAAACGAGGGUAACAACCCAGGUGCUAUUAAAGAACCUGGAUUUGGUUGGAUGACUGGCUUCCUUUUUGUGGUUUGUUUUGUUGGUCUCUUUGUCUUGAUUCCACUCAGAAAGAUCAUGAUAGUUGACCUCAAAUUAACUUAUCCAAGUGGCUUGGCAACAGCGGUUCUCAUCAAUGGUUUCCAUACACAGGGUGACAAAAUGGCCAAGAAGCAAGUACGAGGCUUCACGAAGUAUUUUUGUACCAGUUUCUUGUGGGGUUUAUUUAAGUGGUUCUUCUCAGGGAUAGAGGACUGUGGAUUCGAACAGUUCCCUACCUUCGGAUUGCAAGCUUGGAAGCAAACAUUCUACUUCGAUUUUAGUAUGACUUUUGUGGGAGCAGGGAUGAUUUGCUCCCAUCUUGUGAACUGUUCUUUGCUCCUUGGAGCUGUGCUCUCUUUUGGGGUCAUGUAUCCGCUCAUUGAUCGGCUUAAAGGAGACUGGUUCCCUGACAAUUUAGAAGAAACUAACAUGAAGGGCUUAUACGGUUACAAGGUUUUUGUUUCCAUUGCUCUUAUCCUGGGUGAUGGCAUAUACAAUUUCACCAAGAUUCUAAUUUCUACAGUCCUCAAUGUUAAUGAAAGAAUGAGGAGCAAGAAUAAUAAAAAUGCUGCUGAUCGGCACGAGAAUCCUACCGAGGACCUUAAACAAACUGAUGAAUUUCUAAGGGAGACCAUUCCCCUGCGGAUUGGAGUCAUUGGAUACGUUGUUUUCACUAUGAUUUCCAUAAUUAUAAUUCCACGCAUGUUUCCUCAGCUGAAAUGGUACUACGUGGUGGUAGCUUAUAUAUUUGCUCCAUCUCUGGCAUUCUGCAAUGCUUUCGGAGCAGGUCUCACUGACAUAAACAUGGCAUAUAAUUAUGGGAAGGUUGCACUCUUUACGCUGGCAGCUGUUACAGGAAAAGAAAAUGGUGUGGUGGCUGGACUUGUGGGUUGUGGUCUCAUUAAAUCCGUGAUCUCAGUGUCUUGCAUUCUGAUGCAAGAUUUCAAAACUGCACAUUACACACGUACCUCUCCUAGAGCAAUGUUCAUAUGCCAAGUAAUUGGCAUUGCAAUGGGUUGUGUGACAGCUCCUCUCAGCUUCUUCCUAUACUACAAGGCAUUUGAUGUGGGAAACCCGCAUGGAGAAUUCAAAGCUCCAUAUGCGUUAAUUUAUAGAAACAUGGCAAUCAUCGGGGUCCAAGGUUUCUCAGCAUUGCCACAGCAUUGUUUGCAGCUAUGCUUUGGGUUCUUUGCUUUUGCCAUAGGAGUAAACAUGAUAAGAGAUUUUGCACCCCAAAAGAUUGGGAAAUGGAUGCCAUUACCAAUGGUCAUGGCCGUACCGUUUCUGGUUGGAGCAUACUUUGCAAUCGAUAUGUUCAUAGGUACUGUGGUUGUGUUUGCUUGGCAGAAGCUUGACUCCAAGAAGGCAGAGUUGAUGGUUCCAGCAGCUGCCUCUGGACUAAUUUGUGGGGAAGGACUAUGGACUCUACCAGCUGCGAUUCUAGCUCUUGCAAGAAUUAAACCUCCUAUCUGCAUGAAAUUCGUUCCUACCUAGAGCUUCACCCACAAUAGAGCAAACAAUUCUAUAGGAAUUAUUAGUUAGUGCACCCUUCCCACCCACAUUGGAGCACAUCAAACAUUAUCCAAAUGCUUUACAGAAGAUUCAGUGUCACCCCAUACAAUUUGCAACAUAAAAUUUGACAAAAAUAACGUAUGAUUUUGAAGUUGCUCUUGCAGGUACCCCUCCCACCCCAAAAAAAAAAAAUAAUAAUAAUGAAAGCCAAUCGAGCAGAGGAUUAAACAACAAAAAAUAGGCUUGAACCUCGAGAAAUUCAUGCAAUUGCAAGUGUAGUGGAAAGGCACCAACAUACAUUGAUUCAAAUUUCAGUUCCCAAAAUUCUGCAUAUUAGAGUAUAUGUAUGAAUGUUAAAACAAUUUUGUAAGGGCUGCUAGCUUUUGCUAACAGCACCUCCCUCUUUGCUAUUAACAGCUAUACUCUCUUAGUUCAGAGUUCUAUAAAUAUCUCUUUGUAACUAACUUGUGUGAUAUUCAAUAAUAUCAGUUUCUCUC